UCGCAUGACUACUACUUACAUCAUGACCUCUUUUUCGCAGGGCCUUUCAAGGACUGCCUUGCUGCUCUAGAGGAGGGUCACGCCACCAGUGGCAUGUACCUGGUCAAGCCUGAGAACGCCAACCGGUUGAUGCAGGUGUGGUGUGACCAGAGGCACGAUCCUGGCGGCUGGACAGUCAUUCAGAGACGCCAGGACGGCUCCGUCAACUUCUUCAGGAACUGGGACACCUACAAGCAAGGGUUUGGUAACAUUGACAGUGAAUACUGGCUGGGUCUUGAAAACAUCUACUGGCUGACCAACCAGGGCAACUACAAGCUUCUGGUGAUGCUGGAGGACUGGUCCGGUCGCAAGACCUUUGCCGAAUACGCCAGCUUCCGUAUUGAGGCAGAGGCAGACUUCUACAAACUAAGAGUGGGUCGCUACCAUGGCAACGCCGGGGACUCCCUCACAUGGCACAACGGCAAGCAGUUCACCACGCUGGACAGGGACCACGACGUGUAUACAGGUAACUGUGCCCAUUACCAGAAGGGUGGCUGGUGGUAUAACGCCUGUGCCCACUCCAACCUGAACGGCGUGUGGUACCGGGGCGGGCACUACCGCAGCCGAUACCAGGACGGCGUCUACUGGGCCGAGUUCCGCGGGGGCGCUUACUCCCUGAAGAAAGUGUCCAUGAUGAUCCGACCCAACCCAAACACCUUCCACUAAGACCACAGUUUUUCGAAGAGCGAGAGAACCAACCGCAGGAAAACCUUGUUUUUUAUUUUUGUAAACGGGCAUUUUCUCCAACUUGACCUCUGUCCUGAGGUGCAAUUCAUUUCAGCUUCUGUCUUGGCUUUUUGUUUUCUUCUGAUUCCUUUAAUCGCUUUACAUUCAUAAAUAUAUAGAUAUAGCAUACAAGUGCAAUGGCUGUCUUGUGUAUGGCUCACAGGGACAGGGUGGUGUUUUCCCCCCACAGGUUUCAAAGCCCUCUUUGCAGGAUUCCUCCAGCGUUCUAUGGAGGCACAGGGCCACAUGGUUUACCUUCUUGGAAGAACUACCAGGGUAGUCAAGUUCCCUCUGAGGAGCUUGCAAAAACAAUUGCAACUACAAAGACAGGCCCUGUGCCUUUCGGACACAGACUUUGCACAUAUGCUUGCAUGAUUGCCGAAGUGAUGGUGCAGCUUUUUGUUGUGUUGUUCUACAGUUGCUGACGAAUGAAACCAAGAGAGAAGUUUGUAUUACAGUUUUUUUUGUCAUUGGUUGUGGGAAAAAAAAGGGGGAAAUAUUUUUGGGGAUGUUUAUUGUGGUUGUUAAAUAUACAUACAGCACAUCUCCAUAAAGUUUAUAUUUGACCGUU